AUAGUUGGUUAGGGAUAGUUGGUUAGAGGGGAUAGUUGGUUAGAGGGGAUAGUUGGUUAGAGGGGAUAGUUGGUUAGAGGGGAUAGUUAGAGUGUAAAGGAGGAGGAGGAGCGAGGACUCAUCUCUCAACUCGGCAGACGGCACGCGCGGCUCACGGUUCCCGACCGAUUCCAUCACCAGUCUGCAAACCUCCAUGGAGAGUCUUAACUAUCCCCUCCCUCGGACUUCGGACUUGGCCUCCUAUGCAUAAGAGAUAUGUAGCCACCGGAGCGGAGCUAUUGAAAUCCCCGAGCCUGCGCGCCCGCGUGGCUGUUAUUCCGCCAUCUGGCGUAAGGCUGAAGGGCGGUGGGUUAUGCACGUGAUGGUGGUUUCCGCCCCGCCAGGUAAUUCACCAACAAAUCCCGCUCCGCUCCGCCAAUCGAGAUAUCCCAUCCUAGCUUCAACCAGCGAGCUCCAGUGACGGGCUUCCAAGAAGAAGGAAAAAAAAACAAGUUACCACCCCCCAGGCGCGAGCUUCACGACGACGGAAUGACGACUAUCACACCCCCAGAGUCAGGCUCAGGGGCUGCAGCAGCUGGCCCCUCCUUCCUCCCCCUCGACACCCUUUUCUCCAACCCCCUCUUCGCUGGGGGUCUCGGGCUCGCAUCUCUGGGCUACGCAGCUACCCUCGCGCGGCGUGUUGCUAUUCGCUCCGGCGCGCUGCUGAAACGACGUCUGUUGGUUUCUCUCGAAGUCUCCAAAAACGACGACGCAUACCCCAUGCUCCUCGCCUGGCUCUCCCUCCACCGCGCGCCGACCUCGAGGGUCGCCGCAGCCCUAACCCGCGUCCACGACCUCAGCAUGCGCACCGCGCGCCGGCCCCUCGGAAACGGCGAGGUCGCAACGACAUUCCUCCUCCAGCCUGGCUACGGUCGACACGUCGUGCGCUUCGGAGGCGCCUACCUAGCCGUCCACCGCGAGCGCAAGGCAAGCGCGAAUCUAAACACCGGCGAGCCCUUCGAAACACUCACCCUCACAACGCUCUACGCGCACCGCCACGUCUUCGAGGACCUGUUCGGCGAAGCGUACGCCCUCUCCGCCAAGGCAGGGGAGGAUCGUACACCCGUCCUCAGCGCGUCGGGGACGGGAUGGGCGCCCUUCGGUGAGGCGAGGAGGAAACGGCCGUUGGGGAGUGUUAUCCUGGAUAAGGGGGUUGCGGAACGGGUGUUGGAUGAUGUCCGCGAGUUCUGGGGGGCGAGGGAUUGGUAUGAGCAGAGGGGGAUUCCGUAUCGGCGGGGGUAUUUAUUGCAUGGACCCCCGGGGAGUGGGAAGAGCUCGUUUAUACUUGCGUUGGCGGGGGAGGUGGGGUGUGGCGUUGCCAUUGUGAAUCUCAGCGAGCGCGGGCUCACAGAUGAGCGACUGAGUGUUUUGCUUUCCAAGGUCCCUCCUAAGACGAUAUUGUUGUUGGAGGAUGCGGAUGCGGCGUUCGUGGAGCGGAAGGGCGGAGAUGGGGGGUGGGGCGGUGUGACGUUCAGUGGGUUGCUCAAUGCACUUGAUGGUGUUGCGGCGGGGGAGGAGAGGGUGGUGUUCCUGACGACGAAUUGGGUGGGGAGGUUGGAUGAGGCGCUCGUGAGGCCGGGGAGGGUGGAUGUUAUUGAGUGUAUUGGGUCUGCGACCGAGUGGCAGGCUGGGGAGCUGUGGGAUAGGUUUCAUGGUGGGGAGGAAGAAGUGGUAGAGCGGGGAGAGGGGGGGGUGGUGGGGAGGAAGGAUGGUGGGAGAGAGAGAUUCGUGCAGAAGUUGAAGGAUGUGGGCGUGUUGGAGAGGGGGAUUAGUAUGGCGGCGCUGCAGGGGCUGUUUUUGGUUAAUAAGGGGGAUGCGGAGGGGGCGAUUAGGGCGGUGGAGACGCUGUUGCCGAAGGAGAUGGAGAGGAAGGGGGAGAUGGGGAGGUAG